AUGCCCACUCCCAACGCCGCCUCGCCACAGGCCAAGGGCUUCCGCAGGGCUGUCUCCGAGCUGGACGCCAAGCAGGCCGAAGCUAUCAUGUCCCCGCGCUUCAUCGGGCGGCGACAGAGCCUCAUCGAGGACGCCCGCAAGGAGCGAGAGAAGGCGGAGGCUGCGUCCGCCGCGUCCUCAGAGCCCGGGGACCCCCUAGAGGCGGCAGUUUCCAAGGACGAGGACGGGAAGGCCACGCUGAACCUUCUCUUCACGCUUCGCGGCGCCAAGACCGCGUCCCUGUCCCGGGCCGUGAAGGCUUUCGAGACGUUUGAAGCCCAAAUCCACCACCUGGAGACCCGGCCGGCGCAGAGGCCACGGGCAGGGGGCCCCCACCUUGAGUACUUUGUGCGCUGCGAGGUACCCAGCGCUGACCUGCCUGCCCUGCUCAGCUCCGUGCGCCGGGUGGCGGAGGACGUGCGUGGCGCCGGGGAGAACAAGGUCCUCUGGUUCCCGAGGAAAGUUUCCGAACUGGACAAGUGCCACCAUCUGGUCACCAAGUUUGACCCUGACCUGGACUUGGAUCACCCGGGUUUCUCGGACCAGGCGUACCGCCAGCGCCGGAAGCUGAUCGCGGAGAUCGCGUUCCAGUACAAGCAUGGCGACCCCAUUCCCCGUGUGGAGUACACGGCCGAGGAGAUCGCCACCUGGAAGGAGGUCUACACCACCCUCAAGGGCCUGUACGUCACCCACGCCUGCCGGGAGCACCUGGAGGCCUUCCAGCUGCUGGAGCGCUUCAGCGGGUACCGGGAGGACAGCAUCCCCCAGCUGGAGGACGUGUCCCGCUUCCUGAAGGAGCGGACAGGCUUCCAGCUGCGGCCGGUGGCCGGCCUGCUGUCCGCCCGGGACUUCCUGGCCAGCCUGGCCUUCCGAGUGUUCCAGUGCACGCAGUACAUCCGGCAUGGGUCCUCUCCCAUGCACUCGCCCGAGCCGGACUGCUGCCACGAGCUGCUGGGGCACGUGCCCAUGCUGGCCGACCGCACCUUUGCUCAAUUCUCCCAGGACAUCGGGCUGGCCUCCCUGGGGGCUUCCGACGAGGAGAUUGAGAAGCUGUCCACGCUGUACUGGUUCACGGUGGAGUUCGGGUUGUGCAAGCAGGACGGCGAGGUGAAGGCCUACGGCGCUGGGCUGCUGUCCUCCUACGGGGAGCUCCUGCACUCCCUGUCUGAGGAGCCCGAGAUCCGGGCCUUUGACCCCGACGCCGUAGCCGUGCAGCCGUACCAGGACCAGACCUACCAGUCCGUGUACUUUGUGUCCGAAAGUUUCAGCGACGCCAAGAGCAAGCUCAGGGACUACGCUUCCCGCAUCCAGCGCCCUUUCUCUGUGAAGUUUGACCCGUACACGCUGGCCAUCGAUGUGCUGGACAGUCCCCAGGCUGUCCGUCGGUCCCUGGAGAGCCUGCAGGACGAGCUGUACACCCUCACGCGUGCACUGGGCGCCCUCCGCUAG